GUUGUUGUUCUCGGCGGGUCUCUGAUUGGACAUACCACAAACUCGCUUUAAUAUCAGACGGCACAAUGCCUAAUGAAGGGCAAAAAAAGAAGAAUGCUCCCGAGGAGCAAGUUCUUGAGAAAGACGAGACUGAGAAGAGGCUAGAAAGCCUACUCUUUGGUGAUGGCGAUGGCUUUCAGGACGCAUUGAAGACCGGACAAGAUAUCAAUCCGUUGGCACUUACGACUGUGUCCGAUGAGAGCGCAGAUGAAGCGGAGGAAGGCCUGAGAGACGAGGAUUUGGAUGAGAUGGACGAUGCAGAUCUUUUCUUCCUUGAUUCUGGCGCUGGUCCGGUAUCUACGGAGCUAGAGUCCUCCGCUACACCCGCUGAAGUCGAAGAUAAGGACGAGGACGAAGAUAGUCUUCCCGCACUGUGGCACGAUAGCGACGACGAGCGCAUUACCAUUUCUUUGGCUGGGAACAACAGACUGAGGAAACUGCGUGUCACUGAGUCGGAAGAUAUUAUUAGUGGGAAGGAGUACAUCAGGCGACUUCGCCGGCAAUAUCUGCAGCUACAUCCGACGCCUGAUUGGGCGAAACCUAAUUCGAACAAGCAAGCGGACGAGAACGAAGAUGAUUCCAACUAUGAGGAUGAGAUGGAUACAGAUGAAGAGGGGGAGAUAUCCGCGCAGCCGUUGGCGAAGCUUUUGCAGGGUAUUGAUUUCACGAAGAUUGAGACUGAGAGCGCAACGGGCGGUCGUCCGAAGCUGCGAAAGGAAGUCAUUAGUAUCCAACGAUUAAAGGAUAUUGGGAAGGACCAGCCGUCUGCUGUCACCUCACUCACCUUCCACCCUCAUUAUCCAUUGAUCCUCUCCUCAGGCCCAGCAUCAACACUCUUCAUCCACCAUGUCUCCCCCGACGCCCCAAGCCCUCACCCACUCCUAACAUCUCUCCACAUUCGCCAAACGCCCAUCAGCACCUCGGCCUUCUCCCCGGACGGACAUCAGAUCUACGCGUCCGGUCGCCGUCGCUAUUACCACAUCUGGAACCUCAAUUCCGGCAAAGUUGACAAGGUUAACGGCUCUGCCGACCGCCGCGAGGAACAGAAAUCUAUGGAACGCUUCAAGCUCUCCCCCUGCGGCCGCUUCAUCGGUCUUGUCGGCUCAACCCGUAAAGGCGGCGGUGUCAUUAACAUCCACAAUACCGUCACAGCGCAAUGGAUCGCGCAGGUUCGCAUUGACGGCCGCGGCGGCAUAGCGGAUUUUGCAUGGUGGUCAAACGGUAAGGGUCUUACGGCAGUGAACCUCAAUGGCGAGGUGUCCGAGUGGGACGCUCAACUCAACCGCAUCGUCGCGCGCUGGAAGGACGCGGGUGGCGUUGGUACAACCGUCCUUCGUCUCGGCGGCUCAACGGAGAAUGACUCUCUUGGUGGAGACCGCUACGUCGCUAUUGGCAGUAAAUCGGGUAUUGUCAAUAUUUACGACCGCGUGCAGUGGGCGGUAAAUUACGCCUCCCUCCUCUCGAAGGGAGACACAUCAACCGCUAUUUCUCGCAAUCCUGAACCUCUGCGUGCUCUCGAUCAGCUUGUCACAUCUAUCAGCCACAUCGAGUUUGCGCCAGACGGGCAGUUCCUUGCCAUGGCGAGCGAAAUCAAGAAGGAUGCGCUGCGUCUGGUACAUCUGCCGGACUGCACUGUGUACCGGAAUUGGCCGACGCAAAGCACGCCGCUGGGACGGGUUACGUCUGUGGCUAUCUCGCCAAACUCGGAGUACCUUGCUGUUGGGAAUGAUCGGGGGAGGAUCAGGUUGUGGCAGAUCCAGGGGUAG